AUGGCAGACUUGGAAGCGGUGCUGGCCGACGUCAGUUACCUGAUGGCCAUGGAGAAGAGCCGGAGCCAGCCGGCGGCCAGGGCCAGCAAACGAAUCGUUCUGCCAGAUCCGAGCGUGCGGAGCAUCAUGCAAAAGUUUUUGGAAAAGUCCGGAGAGCUCAAGUUCGACAAGAUAUUCAAUCAGAAGCUCGGAUUUCUGCUGCUCAAGGACUUUGCGGAGAACGUGGCCGAGAACGCGUGUCCGCAGAUCAAGUUUUAUGAGGCGGUGAGAGAAAGAGAACUAUGAAAAGUUACAAAUUGAGGUUCAGAUCAAGGAAUACGAGAAAAUGGAAACUCCGGACGAAAGGUUGACGAAGGCUCGCGAGAUUUACGAUCAUCAUAUCAUGGUGGAAAUGCUGGCUCAUUCGCAUGUGAGCCCCUUCUCUCCGUGUCUUUCUACAGUAAUCCCCUUCAGAACUACUCGAAAGAAUCACUCCAACACGUACAAUAUCAUCUUCUAAAAGCCAACGUACCACCAGACCUCUUCCAAAGAUAUGUAAUCGAAAUCUGCGAUCAAUUGAAAGGCGACAUCUUCCAAAAGUUUUUGGAGAGCGAAAAGUUCACGCGAUUCUGUCAGUGGAAGAAUCUGGAGCUGAAUAUGCAGCUGACAAUGAACGACUUCUCUGUGCAUCGGAUCAUCGGAAGAGGAGGAUUCGGCGAGGUGUACGGGUGCAGAAAGGCGGACACCGGCAAGAUGUACGCGAUGAAAUGUCUGGACAAGAAGCGGAUCAAGAUGAAGCAGGGAGAGACGCUCGCGCUGAACGAACGGAUUAUGCUGAGUCUUGUGUCGACCGGCCAGGACUGCCCGUUCAUUGUGUGCAUGACGUACGCGUUCCAGUCGCCGGACAAGCUCUGUUUCAUUCUGGACCUGAUGAACGGAGGGGACCUCCACUACCACCUCUCCCAGCACGGAGUCUUCACCGAGCAGGAGAUGCUCUUCUACGCGUCGGAAGUCAUUUUGGGCCUCGAGCACAUGCACAACCGGUUUGUGGUGUAUCGAGACUUGAAGCCGGCGAACAUUUUGUUGGACGAAAAUGGACAUGUGAGAGUUUCGGAUCUGGGAUUGGCGUGCGAUUACUCGAAGAAGAAGCCGCAUGCGAGUGUGUGAGUACCUCCGUUUCGCCCCCUUUCCCACCAAACAAAUGAGUGUUUCAGCGGAACCCACGGCUACAUGGCUCCAGAAGUGCUUGCGAAAGGCGUCGCCUACGACUCGUCGGCCGAUUGGUUCUCGCUCGGAUGCAUGCUCUACAAACUGCUCAAAGGGCACUCUCCGUUCCGUCAGCACAAGAGCAAAGACAAGAACGAGAUCGACAAAAUGACGCUGACACAGGACAUCGAACUGCCGAACGAGGGACUCACGAAGGACUGCCGCGAUUUGCUCGAAGGACUGCUCAAACGAGACGUGCCCGAUCGGUUAGGAUGCCGCGGACGGGGACCGCUCGAGGUGAAGGACCAUCCGUUCUUCAAGGACGUCGACUGGCAGACCGUCUACUUGAGAAGGAUGACGCCUCCGUUGAUCCCGCCGAGGGGAGAAGUCAACGCCGCCGACGCAUUCGACAUCGGAAAUUUCGACGACGACGAGGUGAAAGGUGUCAAACUGCAGGAUUCGGACUCUGAUCUCUACAAGAACUUCAACAUUGUCAUAUCGGAACGAUGGCAGAACGAGAUCGCGGAGACGAUCUUCGAGGUGGUCAAUCAGGACGCCGACAAGGCGGAAAACAAGAAAAGGUCGAAACAGAAGAUCAAAGUUUCCGUGGAUGAGAAAGGUUUGUCGCAAGAGGUCACUGAAGCUAUGCGAAUCUUUACAGAUUCCGACGUCAUCGUGCACGGAUACAUCAAGAAGUUGGGCGGUCCGUUCACCUCCGCCUGGCAGACCAAAUACGGAAAACUGUAUCCGUCGCGACUCGAACUCUAUCCAGAAUCACUCACUGCCAAGCCAGAGGUACCCAAACUGUAAGAGCAACACGCUCAUUUUGCACUUUUCAGCUAGUGUUUAUGGAUCAAAUCGAGGAUGUGUGUGCCGAAUUGCAGACGACAAAAGGAGAGAAUGCGAUUGUGGUGAAGCUGAGGGACGGCUUUAAAGAGCCCAAGAUUUGUCUGACCAACUCGGUAAGAAUGAAAGAGAUCUGUGGAAAAAGUUCAUUUCGUGUUCAGGAUGAAAUCUCUCUGAAAGAGUGGCACACAUCGCUGCGGACCGCCCACAAAGUGUCGAGUGAACUGCUGCAACGGAUGGGUCGGAAGGCCAUCAAGAUCUACGGAGUCAACCACGAUCCGAUGCUCUCGGAGAGUGAACGGCCCGGAUCGGUGACCAGAGCGUUCAUGAAUCGCGCGAGCAGCGUCGAUUCGGGAGCCUGA